AUGUCGUUCAAACUCACUUGGGGACCAUUCGACGAUGAGUUCUACAACAAGAUAAAGUCAGCACUUAAUAAGACACUCAACUCUGGUCCACCGAUUCCAAAUAUUGUCGAUCAACUACUAGUUCAUCAAUUCCACUUGGGCGAUGUUCCUCCAUCAAUAGUAUUGUUAAAAGUAGCGGAUGCAUCAAAGGAGAAGUUUAGAUUCAUAUUCCACGUUAAAUAUAAUGGCAAUGGACUGUUAGAGCUGAGGACAAGGGUACAGGCCAAUCCUGUAUACCUUGGCACAUCGAUAACACCGAGCAGAAGCGAGCGCGCACAGCUAAAGAAGCUGAACAUUGGUUCGGCGUCCAAUCCACACAUCAUGCCUCUAUCGAUAAUCAUCACCGACAUUAUAUUCGACGGCGAACUCUCCGUGACGUUCAUCAACAACAAGUCGAUCGAGGCGUGCUUUGCCACCGACCCGUUGAAGCAGGUCAUCAUCAAGACCAGCUUUGACGACUUCCCUGCCGCCGCCAACUUUAUCAAGAAGCUGGUCGACCUGCAGCUGCGCAACUUUAUCAUGAAAGACUUCCCGGCCAUCGUCGGAUCCAUCACUGUACCAUCUCCACCCUCACCCCAAGCACAAUCGACCAACAACAACUCUGCAUCCUCACCAAUCAUUUCAUCACCAUCCUUCUUCAAUGGCCACGGCAGUCGGGAUGGCAGCAGCUUUCUAAACAGUCCAGACGAGAACCAACAUCACAUACAGCAGUCACAGCAGCAGCAACAAGACAUCAAGAAGAACAAGAACAAGUUAAAGUCAUCAAACAUGGCAUCGAGCGUGGAGAAUAAAGAUUGGGAGUCAUCUAGCGUAUGA